CUACCAUUGACUCUUCUGAUCGAGUCCAACUUCCUUGUCUCGACACUCUCCUUGCUUCCCAUUCCUCAGGGAACUCAGUCCAUCCUCCAAAGUUUGUGUUUGUGUGUGUGUGUGUACAGUACUGUCCAAGUCCCAUCCAGCACGUGUCGGUAGUUCUCGCUCUCCUGGCCCGGAACUACUUGAACGGAACUACUGACUGGCGUACAACACACGUCCACCAACACACACAAACACCGAUUAUCGGUUCACUCCCCAUUCCCCCUCUCGCGGUUCUUCUCCAGUACUUCUCUCAGGAGUCAGGAAGUACCCACCCCCACUCGCCAUGCAUUCCACCGCAUCAGCACAUACCAGCCCUGUCAAGGACGGCAGGCGGAUUCUCGGCGAGAAGACCGCCAACGCGUGCCUGUCGCCCGCCCGCCCUCGCCACGCCGCCUCCCUCUCGCCAGCGAAACGGGCCUUCCUGGAGGCACCGUCGUUCACCUCUCCGUCGAAGAAGCUUCUUCCGUCGCCGCUGUUUGCCGGUCAGAAACGCACCAUUGACCAGGUGGAGGGCCCCCGCGAGCAUGAGAGCAGUACCCGCGAGCGCGCGCCGGCGACAGCAGCAACAACAGCGGCCCCGAUCCACGCGCAAGAGGAGCUGCCUACCAAAUCCGCGGCCAUUGCAGCAGACAAACAGAUCCCAUCCGACGCGACACAAGAACCGAGUAUUCCAGAUCUAGAAACACAACAACAGCAGCAGCAGCAGCCACAACAACAACAACAACAACAACAACAACAACAACAACAACAACAACAACAAAACGAAGUAGAAGCACACCAGCAACAAGAACAACAACAACAACCCCAUAAACCCACCCAACCAUCCACACAACACCCCGCACCCCCCUCCACGCGAGCAGUCCUCACCGACCCCUCGACGCGCAAACGCUUCAUCCAAGAGAAAGCAACCCUCCUCCGCACCCGCCUCCAAACCGCCAUGCGUCACGUCCGCGACCCGCAAUUCGACCGCCGCCUCUCCGCGCUCGAAGCCCACAGCCGCAAAUGUCCCCGCCUGGUCGUCGCCGAAACAAGCGGAUCCCACACCCCUGCGCCGGCACGUGCUGGUGCCGGUGCCGGUGCCGGUGUGGCGGAUCCCAAGACCCCGGUCCCGUUCGCCACGACCUCCCAUCUUCAGCCCGAGCGCAACGCUUCCCCGGAGAAGCAUGCGUCGGGGCUGUCGUCGCCGCCGCUCUCGACGGGGAAUGAGGCUGCGUCUGCACUACUACUAGAAGCCGAGGGGGAGAAUGAAGAGGGGGAGGAUGGGGAGGAUGCGAUGAAGACCCCCACGCAGAAGAUGUAUCGGCAUACCGCCGGGAAAGCAUCGCCGAUGCAACUGAGUAGUCCGCCUGCGACGGUGUCGCGACGGAGGAUUGGGACGGGGAUGGGGACCGGGCUCGAGGAGUCGGACGGUGAAGAGGACGGGACGGGGAUGGGGAUGGGUCUUCCCGAGACGCAGCGGCGGUUAUCGCAGAAGGGGGAUGCGGUGGAUGGGCUGUUGAAGUUGAUGGGGACGGCGGAGCAUGCCGGGAAAGCAGAGGCGCGGACGGGGUGAUUCCACUAUGGGGGCUGCUUGCUUGUUGCGCCGCGCGGCAACCGUGCCAUACGGAAUCAGUCCUUUGCGAGGAGAGCGUGAUGCCGACCUGUCUGUCUGUCUGUCUGUCUGUCGGGCACUCGGUCGGAUAUGAUCUACCCAGUGUCCCAGGGUUUAGGACCAAGGUUGUGGAUUCGGGCACCGCGGCCCUUGCUCCGGACGGCGAAUCACUCACGCCCACAGGGUUGAUGCCAUGCAUGUAAUGUAUAUAGAAUCAGGGAGGGCUUUUGCUGCUGUCUUGUACUUAAAUGGAUGGAUGGCAGGCAAGGCCGGCAGGCAUGCGAGAGAGAGCGAAUGAUGAU